UGUGUGGCGAGCUGUGGUGUGCUGCGGAGUGUGUGCAUCGUCGCCGCCUACCAGGAAGGGCGCGCUCUGGCGAGCAGAAGGGCCCCAAAAGCAGGAGCAGGAGCAAAUCCACAGACGCCGAACGCCGCCGCCGCCGUCCGCCGCCAGCAGCAGCUGCAGCAGCAGCAGUGUGAACGGGAGGAAAGGAAAAAGAAUCAUCGCCGUCUCCGUCUUCGUCACGGACGCACCGGUUUGGCUUAAUGUCUAGUGGUGAAUUUCGUGACAGUUUCGUCGAUCCCCCAGCCGCCAAAAAGCGGAAGCUGCCAUCACCGACGCCGUCGUUGACUCAGCCGCCCGAGCAGCCGGAGCAGCCGCCGCUGCAGCAGCCGCCGCUUUCGUCAUCGCCCUCGAGGAGUGAGUGCUCUGCACCAUCAUCGGCCGCAGCCGCUGCAGUAGUAGUAAUGGCGACGUCCAAUAACAAUGGCUCAGCUCCCGUGCCGUGCGAGAACAAUUCGAGCGGGGCCCAGGAAAUCGACGAGGGCCUGUACUCGCGCCAGCUGUACGUCCUCGGGCACGAUGCGAUGCGUCGGAUGGCCCGCUCCGACGUGCUAAUUUCGGGCCUCGGCGGGCUCGGAGUGGAAGUGGCCAAGAACGUGAUUCUCGGUGGAGUGAAGUCUGUCACCCUGCAUGACACGGCGCUUUGCACCGUCGCGGAUCUGUCGUCGCAGUUCUACCUGACCGCGGACGAUGUGGCGAACGGGCGCAACCGGGCCGAGGCCAGCUGCCAGCAGCUGUCCGACCUCAACCACUACGUCCCGACCGUGGCCUACACGGGCGAGCUGACGGAGGAGUUUCUGCGGAAGUUCCGGGCCGUGGUGCUAACGCUGACUCCGCCCGCCGAGCAGCGCCGGAUUGCGGAGAUUGCCCAUCGGCACAACAUUGCGCUCAUCACGGCCGACACGCGCGGCCUGUUUGCCCAGGUGUUCUGUGACUUUGGCACCGACUUUACCGUCUACGACCAGAACGGGGCCACCCCGGGGACGGCCAUGGUGGCCAGUGUCACGAACGACCUCGAGAGCAUCGUAACGUGCGUGGACGAAACCCGCCACGGGUUCGAGGAUGGCGAUUAUGUUACCUUCACCGAGGUCGAAGGCAUGACCGAGCUGAAUGGCUGCGCACCGAUGAAGAUCAAGGUGCUCGGACCGUACACGUUCAGCAUCGGCGACACGACGAAACUGAGCCCGUACGUGCGGGGCGGAAUCGUGACGCAGGUGAAGAUGUCGAAGCAGAUGACGUUCAAGCCACUGGCGGAGGCCGAGAAUGCGCCCGAAUUCAUUCUGUCCGAUUUCGCCAAAUGGGAUCACCCGGCCAACACGCAGAUCGCCUUCACCGUGCUCGGUCGCUACCAGGAGCGCCACGGCGGUCGGUUGCCGCGCCCCUGGAACGUGGCCGACGCAGCCGAGUUUGUCGAGCUGUGCAAAGAGCGCGCAAAGGAGCUUUCGCUGGAGGACCUAAACGAGCCGAUGCUGACCACGUUCGCGAAGGUGUGCUCGGGUGACCUGUGCCCGAUGAACGGUGCCAUCGGUGGCAUCACGGCGCAGGAGGUGAUGAAGGCGUGCACCGGCAAGUUUACGCCCAUCUACCAGUACUUCUGCCUGGACGCCGUCGAGUGCCUGCCGGAGGGCGCUGCGCUGACCGAGGAAGAGUGUGCCCCCGUCGGUUCCCGGUACGACGGCCAAAUUGCGGUGUUUGGGCGCAAGUUCCAGGAGGUGUUGGGUGGCCUCAAGUACUUCAUCGUCGGAGCCGGUGCUAUCGGGUGCGAGCUGCUGAAGAACUUUGCCAUGAUCGGGGUGGCAUCGCGCGGUGACGGUGAAAUCUUCGUCACCGAUAUGGAUCUGAUCGAGAAGAGCAACCUCAACCGGCAGUUCCUGUUCCGGCCGCACGACGUGCAGCAGCCCAAGUCGAGGGUGGCCGCGCAGGUCGUGAAGCGCAUGAACGCGGAUAUCAAGGUGACGGCACACGAGAACCGGGUCGGACCGGAGACGGAGCGAUUCUACGACGACACGUUCUUUAACCGGCUCGACGGCGUUGCGAAUGCGCUAGACAAUAUCGACGCCCGUAUCUACAUGGAUCGGCGGUGCGUCUACUACCGCAUACCGCUGCUGGAAUCUGGCACACUCGGAACCCUGGGCAACACUCAGGUUGUUGUUCCGUUCCUGACCGAAUCGUACAGCUCGUCGCAGGAUCCGCCGGAGAAAUCGAUCCCGAUCUGCACGCUGAAGAACUUCCCGAACGCCAUCGAACACACGCUACAGUGGGCCCGGGACACGUUCGAAGGAAUCUUCAAGCAGGCCGCCGAAAACGCCGCCCAGUACAUUACCGAUCCGACCUUCAUCGAGCGCACACUGAAACUGCCCGGGGUCCAACCGCUAGAAGCGCUCGAAUCGGUCAAGAAAGCGUUGAUCGACGAGAGGCCGAAAAGCAUUGAAGACUGCGUCAAAUGGGCCCGGGUGCACUUCGAGGAGCAGUACUCGAACCAGAUCCGUCAGCUGCUGUUCAACUUCCCGCCCGAACAAACCAGCUCGACUGGCCAACCGUUCUGGUCGGGCCCGAAGCGACUGCCACAGGCGAUCGACUUCGAUCCGGACAAUGCGAUGCACCUCGACUACGUGCACGCCACCGCCAACCUGAAGGCGCAAGUGUACGGCGUUCCGCAGCAGCGCAACCGGGACAUGAUUCGAAAGAUUGUGAUGAUGGUGGAGGUACCGAAGUUUGUGCCACGUUCUGGGGUCAAGAUUGCGGUCACGGAUGCGGCCCUGCAAGCGGAAGAGAACGGCGGUGGUGGUGGUGGCGGUGGCCUCGGCAUGGGUGGCGAGGAUAUGGAUCCGGAUCGGGUUAGCCGUUUGCAGCACGAGCUGGCCUCGCUGGGGCGACCCGAUUUCACGAUCACACCGCUCGAGUUCGAGAAGGACGAUGACAACAACCUGCAUAUGGACUUUAUCGUGGCCGCCUCGAAUCUGCGCGCUGCCAACUACAAAAUUCCACCGGCCGAUCGGCACAAGUCGAAGCUGAUCGCGGGCAAAAUUAUGCCGGCGAUCGCUACCACCACCUCGCUCGUUGCAGGCUGUGCUUCGCUGGAGCUGUACAAGCUGGCUCAAGGCUUCAACACGAUGGAACGCUUCAAGAACGGGUUCCUCAACCUGGCGCUGCCUUUCUUUACCUUCUCCGAGCCGAUCCAAGCGAAGAAGUCGACCUACUACGGCAAAGAGUGGACCCUGUGGGACCGGUUCGAGGUGAAGGGCGAGCUGACGCUGCAGGAGUUCCUCGAUUACUUCGAGCGGGAGCACAAGCUCAAGAUCACGAUGCUGUCUCAGGGCGUCUGCAUGCUGUACGCGUUCUUCAUGACGAAGCAGAAGCAGCAGGAGCGCCUAAACCUGCCCAUGUCCGAAGUCGUCCGGAAGGUGUCGAAGAAGAGUAUCGAACCGCACGUCCGUGCGCUCGUGUUCGAGAUCUGCUGCAACGAUGACGCCGGCGAGGACGUCGAGGUGCCGUACGUGCGCUACGUGCUGCCCUAAACAGUGCUUCAGGAGCGUGUAUGUGUGCAUGGAGGGAAAACUGUGUGGACACAUGCGCUGCGUACAAAGGGGGUCGUUUAAGAAACACAUAGCAGGGGACCACAACGGCGGUUCCCCGGUGGAUCGGUUACAGGGCAGGGUUUCAUAAUGAGCUGAGUAGGCAGCAGUAGGCGACGGCGACGCUCUCGUAGUGGCUUGCUGCGAUUGACGAAAUUGAUUGCGAAUUUAAAUAACGGCAGACCGAGUAGGCCGAGCGAUCCGCGGUUAUGUUUGAGUUACUUUCCCGGGCCAACGCAGCACGACCGCGGGGACGUAGCCGUGGCUUACGAGGAGCAAUCUUGGGUCUUGGGACCGGAAAGCGCGGGGAUUUGGAAAAAUCGGUUCGAUUGUGUAACUGUGCGUCGUAUGUGUUUCGAACAAUGUGUCUGUGUGUGUGUCUCGCUUAGUAUUUAUUCGAUUAUAUUGAUAUUUCUACUUCUCUUGCUGAUAAUGAGAUAGAGAUGAGCCCCCGCGCCCCCGCGAAGAAGAAACAUUUAGGAGAAUAAAAACAAUCUAUACACCAACAACGGGCGCACCAACCAAUAAUGGACACCCCGGACACCCCGAUGCCGAUGAUGAUGAUACCCGACGGAUUAACGAAUACCGAAAAAGCGAAGCUUUUCAUUAUUAUUACACUAUUCUUUUCGUUUCUGUUUUUUUAGCUAUUUUACGCGAUUAUGGUUAGAAAUUUGACUACAAUAAACGAAAUCUAGCGAC